UUCAGCGAAAAUAAAGAUCGAUGCAUCGAUAGUGUCAUCGAUGUUUUACCAUCUCUAACACUCUAGGAUAAACCACAAUGGCGCAUACAUCGAGUACCGGCGUUGUGGUGCCACGAAAUUUCCGCUUACUGGAGGAGCUGGAUCAGGGCCAGAAGGGUGUUGGCGAUGGCACCAUUUCGUGGGGUCUGGAAAACGACGAUGAUAUGACGCUCACUUAUUGGAUUGGCAUGAUCAUUGGCCCCCCUAGAACACCAUUCGAGAAUCGAAUGUACUCACUAAAGAUUGAGUGCGGCGAACGUUACCCGGAUGAGCCACCAACGCUCAGAUUUUUAACAAAAGUGAAUAUAAAUUGCAUUAAUCAGAAUAAUGGCGUGGUUGAUCAUAGAUCAGUGCCCAUGUUGGCCAGAUGGAGUCGCGAAUAUACCAUAAAAACGAUGCUGCAGGAAAUACGUAGGAUUAUGACCAUGAAAGAGAAUUUGAAAUUGGCACAACCGCCAGAAGGUAGCUGUUUUUAGUUGCCAGCAACCACAAACAACCAGCAACAACAACUAAAAACAUAACAGCAACAAGAACAGCAGCAUCAACAACAACAACACUACACACAACUGCAACUAGAACAACUGCAACAUCAACAGCACUUCAAGUCGCCUUAAUCCCCCCUCUAGCGAGAGGGAUUGGGAGUAGAAGUGUUGUUGGAAGAUGGAGCUGCAUUGUUGUUGUUCUUGUUGAAUGUGUGUGAGUGUGUGUGUGUGUCAGCGCGUUGGCAGCAGCAGCAAAACUUCAACUAAAGCAAAAUAUACUAUAAGUGUACCAGCAACAACAACAACAUCAACUGCGAACGCAACUGCAACAACAGCAACAGCAACUGAAAGAAGAUCCAGGAGCAACGUCACUACAAUUUAAUAUGAAAUGGACGUCGUCCCUUCCGUCAUCGAGCGUCGUACGAAUAUUAUCAUCAUGUUUGGUUAUCACUUUCUUAACUAAGAAAUAAAACAUAAUUCAAAACACAACAUACACACACACUACCAAAACAACUAAACAAGUAUGCAAAGAAACACACAUGAAAAAAAGUUACAUUUUUAAUUUUACUCACGCGCAGAUUAUAAAAAAAACGAAAAAUGAUUAUCAAGAUAAUGUCAAAGAAAUCAGUAAACUAAAGAAUUCAGCGAGACGUAGAAAGAGCCGCAAUUAUUGUUUUGCAUAACUAAAAGAUUUAUUAAUUAUAAAUAUAUAUAUACAAAUUUAAGAAAAAAUUUUGUAGUAAAACAACAAAACACAAAACUAAAAAAAAAAAAAACGAAACAAGAAAAAAUCAAUGAACCGAACCGAGGCAAUUGUAACAAUUUAAUUAUUCUUUUCCUUCUUCAAUUGGGACGUGAGACACGAUUUAUAAACUUUAACAAAUUGCGGUAAAUAUAUAUACAAAACAUAAAAAAAAGAAAAACAGCAAUUAAACAAUUAUACAAAACAGAAA